AUCAGCUGCCUCUACCUCUCCCGUCUUCAUCUUCUUGCUCCUCUUUUGCUCUCCUCCUCUACGUACUCAACCUUACUGAAUCUAUUUCCGUCGGACUUUUCAUGUCAAAUCUCGAGUCCGACGGUCUGUCCGUCACCUAUUCCUCGGACCGUACCGGUUCGCCCGAUCUACGGUUGAUCCACUACAAUGAUGUUUAUCAUAUCGAGUCCGGAUCAGCCGAGCCCAUUGGUGGCGCCUCCCGCUUCCAAUCCCUCGUGAACUAUUACCGCUCCGACCCGCGAUUUACCGGUCAACCUGACGUCCUCACCUUCUUCUCUGGCGAUGCCUUCAACCCGAGCCUGGAAAGCACUGUCACGAAGGGUCGCCAUAUGGUACCCUUCCUGAACAAAACUGGAAUCGACGUUGCGUGUGUGGGAAAUCAUGAUCUGGACUUUGGUGUGGCACAAUUUCGACAUUUGUCGAGCCAAUGUCAUUUCCCAUGGCUGCUGGCCAAUGUUCUAGAUCCAGCCCUGGGAGAGGAUGUUCCGAUCGCCAACUGCGGGAAAACGUGCUUGCUGACCUCGUCGAAUGGGAUCAAGAUCGGUGUGAUUGGUCUAGGGGAGAGAGAAUGGCUUGGUACGAUCAACUCUCUUCCGCCCGACUUGAUUUACAAAUCAGCUUCCGAAACUGCGAAAGAACUGGCACCACGACUCCGAGAACAGGGUGCGGAGCUGGUCGUCGUCGUUUCCCAUCAGCGCGAGCCGAAUGAUAAUAAGCUUGCCAGAAACCUACCUCCAGGGCUAGUGAACAUCAUCCUCGGUGGACACGAUCACUACUAUUCUCACACAAUUGUUAAUGGGACUCACGUAUUACGGUCUGGGACUGAUUUCAAGCAGUUGAGCUACAUUGAGGCUUUCCGCAAAUCUGGUACAGGCGCAGGAUGGGAUUUCAGCAUCACACGACGGGAUGUCGUGCGGUCAAUUCCGGAGGACCGGGCGACCGUGGCCAUGGUUGAUCGACUAACGUCCAGCCUCAAGGCCAAACUUGAAAAGCCAGUGGGCUACACAGUCAGUCCGCUAGAUGGUCGAUUCUCCACUGUUCGUCAGCGCGAGUCUAAUCUGGGUAACUUUGUCUGCGAUCUAAUGCGCUACUAUUACGCCGCCGAUUGUGCCAUGAUGGCCGGUGGGACCAUUCGCGGCGAUCAAAUCUAUCCGCCCGGUGUUCUACGGUUGAAAGAUCUGUUGAAUUGCUUCCCCUUUGAAGACCCAGUAGUCCUUCUACGCGUUCGCGGCCAGGCUUUGCUGGAUGCUUUGGAAAAUGGAGUCAGCCAGCUCCCGGCCCUUGAGGGUCGAUUCCCUCAAGUCUCCAACAUCUCCUUUGGUUUCAAGCUCGACGGCCCGUCUGGUUCACGUCUGACGUUUGCGCGUGUGGGUGGAAAACCUAUCGACCUGGAAAAGGAAUACCUUGUAGCCACGCGAGGUUACAUGGCGCGUGGAAAGGAUGGAUUUACAUCGUUGCUGGUGAAAUCUGAGGGUGGGGAUGUGGAGGAAAUUGUUUGUGAAGAGAACGGAGUCCUCAUCAGCACUAUUCUGCGUCAGUAUUUCCUCAGCCUCAAAGUCCUCGGCAAAUGGCGUCGUUGGAGUCCUAGUCUUCGUCGACAUUGGGGCCUUGUGCAUCGUGGUCUACACACCGGCGGCUGGCUCAAGCCACCUUCUGCAAUGCCGUCACCAGAGACAGAGAAAGCACCCUUCCAUCAAUUGGCCCCACGGCCACCCCUUCAAAGAACCAGUCGAGAAGCUCACUAUUAUGGACGUUUCCCUGAAGAAGUUGAUCAUAAUCAAGUUUCUACCAAUGGGACCAACAGCGAUGCCAUGGAUUCGGACUCUGACGAGGACCCCGAGAUCCUCACGUCACCUCGGCCAACGAGCAACUAUGUGACAUGCCCUGCAAGGUCAUCUGCGGAGGAAGAACAUCGCUUGAAGCUCGCACGGCGUGUUGUUCGAAAAUGGAUGCGACAUGCUGGCUUGGAGCCGUCGGUCCUCAGCACUAUGGACGGCGAGGGUGAGUUUAUUCCACCCUGGACGUCUGGCAUUUCCCCUCGGAUCGAGGGGCGGAUUGUUAUUGAGUGAAGACUCUGUUUGGAGGUAUUGAGACAUCUUACGGGGAAUCUUCAACCUGUUUAGCUUUGUGUUUGCUUGUCUUUCUACUUUUGCUUGCAUUCAGUCACUUUUGCAUCUUCGCUCUGUGCGCGUUGCGGGCGUUGUGACUUAUUGUCGGAUGAGGAUGAAUUGCCUCGGUGGCUACGAGUUCAUGAACAGUACUCCUACACAUAGACAGGCGCUAUACAAGGCAGAUACAUUGGGUUGUGAAAUACUUUCGGGUUAUUCUCUUAGAC